UCCGCCUUCACGCGCAAACAAGCAGGACAGGAAACAUGCGCACUCCUCCUCCUGCUCCUCCAUGGUGAGAGCUAUUUUUUCCUUUUUUAUUUUUGGACUCCUGGUCGCGCGCUCUUGUCUGCGCCCUCCUCCCCCCCCCCCCCCCUUUUCGUCCCGAGCCCGGACUAGACAGACGUUAGACAGAUGAGCUCCUUGUACGACCAGAACCACUCAGAGGAGGAGCUGAGCCGGGUCAACUGCCCCGACGAGGAUCUGGACUUUGCGUACUUGUUUGAAUAUGAAGCAUCUUGCUGCAGCGGGGCUGAGGGAGGACGGCAAGAUGACCCAAAUCUUGCAUCUCACAAGGUCCUCGGUCCAGAGUCAGAGCAAGCCUUCCCGCUGGAAGACCUCUCCCCGUACGCGAUUAAGUCCUGUAGUCGCGCCUACAUCGAACACCAGACUGAGGUUCUGACAGGAUAUGACACCCAGGAAGCACAGAACUGCCUAGACAGUACCCGGCUCCCUGGUUUGGCCUUGAGCCCGCGCAUUGAGAUUACGCCAUCCCGGGAGUACUACACCCACUCUCGCGAGUCCCUGCAGAACCACCACCCGAGUGUCAACAGUCCCCGACCCACCUUGACCGUGCCCGGCCAUGACAACGUCUCCUAUCGCGAGCCCCAGUGCCUAAGCCCUGCCAGCAGCAACUCAUCCACCAGCUGGCACUCGGAAAGCUACUCCCCCUGGGCGUCCCCCUGCGUGUCCCCAAGUGGCAGCCACAACCCUGGAGACCUGUGCCCCCGUUUACAGAACAUCCACACUGGCUCCCCUCGCACAUCGCCGGGCACGUCGCCGAGCUCCGGCUUAACUGAGGACGUCUACCUGGGAACGUGUUCACCCUCACCGCGCCCAAGCUCCCGGUCCACCUCCCCGCAGGGCAAACGCACUUACGACAUGUACAGAAAUCACACUUUGGUGCCUGCCAUUCGCUCCCGCAGCCCCUCCCCACAUGGCGGCCACGAGGAAAACAACAUGGGGGCCCACUAUCCGCACAGCAACUUCCCUGAAACCAUGAAUGGUUUUAGUUUGCCCACUAAACUAGUUAAGACGUCAAACCAAGUCUACACUCUGUAUCCGGAGCAUCACAGCGAGGGGAACUAUUUGGUCCCCUGUGACCAGGACUUAAAAAGCAAACCUGGUCCGGAACCCUUCUUUGUCAUUCCUCCGAUCUGGUCCAAGCCGCUGGUCUCCAGCAUCUGCAGCAUCCCUUUGGCAUCGCUCCCUCCUCUGGAAUGGCCCAUGCCCAGCUGCACGGACCACUAUGAGCUCCACAUCGAGGUGCAGCCCAAGCCGCAUCACAGGGCUCACUAUGAAACGGAGGGAAGUAGAGGCGCCGUCAAGGCCCACACAGGAGGACACCCCGUGGUGCAGUUGCGGGGCUAUAAAGGCAAGGAGGCGCUUGGCCUGCAAAUCUUCAUUGGCACCGCGGACGAGCGCAUUCUGAAGCCGCACGCCUUCUACCAAGUGCACCGCAUCACCGGCAAGACGGUGACCACAAACAGUUUUGAGAAGAUUGUCAACGGAACCAAAGUCUUGGAGAUGCCCCUCGAACCGAAGAACAACAUGAGAGCAACAAUCGACUGCGCUGGUAUCCUGAAGCUGCGGAACGCCGACAUCGAGCUGCGGAAGGGCGAGACGGACGUCGGCCGAAAGAACACGCGCGUCCGCCUGGUGUUCCGUGUGCACAUCCCUCAGCCCGGAGGACAGCACGUCUCUCUACAAGUAGCCUCGCAUCCCGUCGAGUGUUCUCAGCGUUCUGCACAUGAACUUCCAAUCGUGGAGAAGCAGGACUCGGACAGCUGCUCCGUUCUGGGAGGCCAGCAGAUGAUCCUGAGCGGGCAGAACUUCAGCUCCGAUUCCAAAGUGGUUUUCAUGGAGAAAACGCAAGAUGGGUUGCAGAUUUGGGAAAUGGAAGCUACCGUGGACAAAGAUAAGAGCCAGCCAAGCAUGCUGUUUGUGGAGGUGCCGUCCUACCGCGACUCGUCCGUCUGCCAUCCUGUCAAAGUGACCUUCUGUGUGGUCAACGGGAAGAGGAAGCGUAGUCAGCCCCAGCACUUCACCUACACACCACUGCAAUCUCCGUCCAUCAAGACCGAACCCCUAGACGAGUAUGAAUCGGACCACAUGAGCUUUGCCAUGCCCCCCAUCAUGGGCGUACUCCCUCAUUCCUACUACCACAACCCACACAGCGUCAUCCCUCCCGAUCACGGCCUCGUGUCCAGCAUGGCCUCGUGCCAGCGCCUCGGCUCCGCCCUCGCAGGUCAAGAAUCACGCUUCCCGAACCAAAGCCCGGCCAUUGUUUUCUCCCAUGCAGGGAAAGGCCUGAGCAACAGCCCGGGAACCUAUCAGCAGACCGGGCCAUUGGUCCCUGACCCCCACUGCUCUGUUCUGGUCCACACGGGCUCUCAAGCGCCACCUGCCGCUCCAAUGGGUGCAGGCCAGCACCCUUCCAUCAUCCAGUUCUCCCCCACCAAUCACCACCUAAUUCGGGCGGGAGACCAAACACAGCCAGACAACCAGCCUGUCCUUUACUGCGAAGGCUACUCUCCGCAGGCGACCCACCGAUCUCCGCCUCCCCAGGUGGUCGCGGACCCCUCUCAGCAAUACCCAACCGUCAUUCAGCAGCAGAAUUACGUUCACAAAGGGCAGCAGAAAGUCAGAGUAGCUCCUGGGGAGACGUCACCAGAUAGAGCGAGGAGGGUGACCGUGAAGGAGGAGAACCUGGACCAGGCCUACCUAGAUGAUGGUGAGUUGAACGAAAUCAUCUGCAAGGACCUGACUGGUGUUCAGACUCGAGGGCAGUCUUAGAGGGCAGCUCCGAAGGACAAAAUGAUGUCACACUCUGUGCCUGGCCCUCCCGUAAUCGCCUCCAUCGGCAACAGCAUCGGACAUUCUGGGUUUUGUCAACUACAGGGAGUCCUCGAUUCACGAAGGAGAUCCGUUCCUAGGCUGGCGACAUAACCCGAAUUUCCGCGUAAGUCGGAUUUCACCGUUAAAGUCAAAAUUUACCAUGACAGCUGGGAUUGGCUCACUGUAUCCGUCAUAGGGGUGAAACCCUUCAGGUGCGUUAAAAUACGGCCUUUGUCCUGAAUAAUAAUUGCCACGCUCGUCCGAAUGAAGCCCACGUCUUUAUGUCCGUCAUGUUCCUCGGUGUUAAUCCUAUCUCCGAUCUUUUUAUGAUGUUACGCUUCGUUUCCAUGGUCAUUGCUUUUCGGCUAGGCCAACUAUGGUAAAAAAAAAAAAAAAAAAAAAACAGCUUUCUUCUUUUGGGCCAUAACGUGUAAAAAGGUGGGCGACAAACUCCCAGUGCACUAACAGAUCAGCACUAUACAUGAGCUAAGCAGAAACACUAUGGUGCUGGGGACAAAAUGGCGGACGAGACACGGGCGUCGUGUAGUCGAAAUGUCGUAACCCGAGGACUCCUUGUAACGCCGAUCCCUCCUGGCCCCCGUUUAUACUGUAGAAGCCCCCAUACAGGCCACACAAAAACAGCUGGUAACUGUGCCUUAUUUUGUUAAUGAAGGUCAUUUACCUAUUCUUGUUUACUAGUGAAUAAAUAAAUUAAAAUUAUACAAACAUAAAGGGUCAAUCAUCUCAAAAGGGCAGUUUGUAAUUCACGCUAAAUGGAUGCCUUCACCAAAUGAAUUAUAAAUUUAUGUUCAUGUGCACUAUGCAGUGUGUGUGUGUGUGUGUGUGUGUGUGUGUGUGGUGUGUGUGUGUGUGUGUGUACAUGUUUGUCCUUUGGCUAAUAUUCCAUUCUAUAUUUGUAAGGUGUAUAAUGCAUAAUAUUCUGGGAAAGUGUCUGUACAGGGCCUGUGAUGCUGCAUUUUGGGUCGUAAUUUGUGUCCAAAUCUAAAUUCAGUGACAAUCUGCACUUUGACACAAAUUAACUGGCCUUUUGGAAUUAUAACUGCAACUCUUUUAUAUAUACUGUCUGAGAUUUUGUUUUAAUAUAAUGGCAGUAUACAGUAUUUCAUGCCAAAGUCUUGCCUAUGCACAAGAUUCUUGCUGCCCACUGUAAGCGGUACUCUGUACUGCACCUGCUUAGUGUACUCAUGUAAGGAUAUAAGGGCUGUCUGAAAAUAGUUUUCUGGGAUUGGAAAAGAAGAAUAUUGUUUCGUAUGUGUUCCGACUUAGUCUGACUCUUAAUUCCCUCGUGUGUAGAUGAAUUGAACCCUUGCGCUUGAAAAGCUGCAGAACAGAAGUAUAAAGCAAAAUCUAAUCAGAGGUUGACCUAUUUUAUACAACAUAAUAUUCAGAUGUUUUAAUAUUCCAUUGAAAUAAAUGUUUCCCAUUGAGCCAAUGCAGCACAAUUGCAGUUGCCUUAUCUUGAAUGUAUUCUCCCCAUUUUUUGUAAAUAUAAACCUCAAAGUGCGAUUUUUAUGAUAGAGUAUAUAGCUUAUCUUGUGUAAUGUGUUUAUAUGGGGCAGCACAUUUUUUUUGUUUUGUUUUGUUUUUACAAGGGAAAUGAAGGGAAUUAGGCCUCAUUUAUAUCUGGAAUCUUUGUGUUUAAGUUCGCUUGGUUAGGUUGAGUGAGGAUUUCUUAUUUACUGUUGAACUUUGAAUCUUGCUAUUUUUGUAUUCUUAACAGUAGCAAUAAACUAUAUC